CCUCCAUCAGAUCACGUCAUUUUGGAGAGGCGUUUUACUUGUGGUAUAUUAUUAGGCUAUUAUUGUUGUUGUUGUUGUUAUCAUCAUCAUCAUUGUUAUUCUUAUUCUUCUUAUUAUUAUUAUUAAAGCGCCCUGAACGUGGACUAUUGUAACACAGAUUUUAUUUUGGUCCAAAACAGUGUUGUGUUGGAGAUUCGGCCUUGUCCACAGGAUGUAACAAAACACGCCGGACACAACAUCCUAGUUUAAAAUAGCCGUUUUCGCAUUUCGUCACCGUCUCUAUAUUUGUAGAUAUGCGUAUUAAAGGCAGGUGGCACCGCAGCAGAAUAGGCUACGUAAUGGAAGUGAAGCUCCAGGACAGCUUACAUAAAGGUAUUAAGUUAGUCUAUGACCUUACAUCCAGCAAAAUGUAAAAAUUAUUUGUCUGUAUCGUUUAGAAGCCCCUCGGCUGGGCUCAGGAAUGUCUGUUCUGCUCGUGUCACCAUCUGAAAUGAGAGUCUGGAGCGCCACGCUGACAACUGUGGGGAAGAAAAUCUACGCAGAGUAACAACUCCACUAGGACUGUACAACAGGGGCGAGCAGUAGGGCUUCCUGGGGAACAGUGUCUCUAAUAUUUACCCACAUAAAAGCAAAAAAAUAAUAAUUUUCUAAUCAACCAAGUCCUUCAUCACAAAGCAAUGGCAGUAUCAGAGAAGGCACUGAUUUACGGCGGGGACACACACUGCGCGCUGUCCAGCAAAGUUUUACGCGUCGUGGCGGCUCCAAAGGACUCGAAUUAUGUAGAUCUGAACGAAUUGCUAGACCUGAAACUGGGCGAGACGAAAGCGGUGCAAGUACGUUUUCCCGGCCAGAAGGACACCCUUCAGUGCGUCCGGCUUCCUUCGGCGGAACAUCUGCCCAGUCCCGCGCGCAAAUGUGUUAAUCUGGAAUGCUGGGAGAAUGGCGGAACAGAGGGAGCAACAGAAACAAAAACAGCUGGUUCUUCUGAAAGACUACGGCUCAGUCAUGGAAGCCUCAGUGACUGUCCCGAGUUACUCGAAGAGCUCGAAUCGGAGAGAGCACCGGAACAUUUGGGAAAAGAGACCAAAGCACACGAGGAUGGUGAUUUACAGCGCACGGAUUUGUAUCUCAGCGAGAAAAGCGAGUCUGACGACGAAGUGGAUUUGGUGAUCGCGGAUUACUGCGUACAUGGAUUCGCCGAUGAUGAGGCUCACUACAUCACCACGCACGAAAUUCAUCUUUCCGAACUCGAUCACGACGUGGACUGCGAUUUAGAAACAGGAUCCACUUGGGAUAUCGAGGACGACCACCAGGUCUAUUCGUUCGUGGACUAUGCAUCUGCCAACAGCGAUGAACCCACAGGAGGACAGGUGGGAAACAACCAGGGCGAGGCUCAUAGGAGCACUGCAGUGGCAUGCAGUCAGGCAGAAAGUGAACCGAGCGACAGGACCAGGAGCGCCACCUCAGACGAGAAAGCGCCCGAGUGCCAAGGCAAAAGCACAGGCCACAUUCAUCUGUCAAUCAAAGCCACUUCCAGAGCUAUAAACAAACCUAGCAACGUCCAAGAAAAUGAUGGAGGCCAGCACCAUCAUGCCAUUCACACUGGGGACAUGAACCAUUGUGUUUUAAAGGACAAGGGAGAAAAGGUAUGCGAUGGCGCAAAGUGUUUGAUUGCUCUGCCCGGGCGUUUGCACUUUGGAAACAAACACAAAGGCAAAGAUGUUACAGCGUACUCCAGCGGCACAUCCAGCGCUGUUAGUGAGUUGGACGAUGCCGACAAGGAAGUGCGCAAUCUCACGGCCAGAGCUUUUAAAAGUCUGGCCUAUCCGUAUCUCGAUGCCAUCAAUUUCAGCACUUCCAGCGAGUCCUCGGCUUCAGAGCGCAGCAAAGGGCUCAACAGGUGGUCAGCACUUGUUGAUCUAAAGUAUGGCAACGUAAACGUGUCCAAAGGAGGCGGUAACAAUAUAGUGGUCCAUCAAAAUGCCGCGUCUAAUUUUCAGUUGGCAAAAAGGACGGAUAGUAAAGGGAUAACGGGAUUAACUCUGACCAGUAGAAGGGCGCCCCCAGUCGAGAUAUUUGCCUUGAACGGCAAUCUUGUGAACCCCCAAAACGCAUCGUCAACAAAACAAAUUGAGCUCAUGGGCAAAAUUGGACAGGUUCAGAGCGGGGUAAUAAGGCUGACUGAAACGCUGAAUUUUCGCUGCAACGUUAAAGCGGGUCCGCAUGCACACGAAAGGCGCGUGAAAUCCGCCCGAACCGCUGGAGGAUCACGUUCCGCAGAUGAGGUUACAAACCCUCGGCAAAAGGCGCACAGCAAGCCACCGUGCAAUUCAGAAGAAGCCAUGGAGGACGUGCACAAGAAAUCCAUAUUUGCUUCGAGCAUACUAAAAAAUGUCAUUUCGAAGAAAAUGCAGUUCGAGCAGGAGCGCAAGAUGGAGCGGGGAGAGAUCUGCGAGCCGGGCAGUCACGAGCACGAAGCGCACCGAGACAAAGCUGUGCUCAAAGGACUUCACAGACAAAGCUCGAAACUCUCCGAGACAGGCUCCGACUUCAGUAUCGUGUGCCUAGACGAACUCGGAGACAUCGGAGACAGCGGAUCCUGCGACGCCAAGGCCAACGAGCGCCACGAAGAACCUCUCGCCUUCGCAUCGGAAACCAAUUUAGAGUCGCAGAACUGCGCGGCAUUCGACACUAAAAAAGGAGCUGCGGACGUGUCCAGAGGCGCACUGAUUCGGAGCCAAAAUAGCGCUUUCAGAAGCUGGAGGGACGAAGAGCCAGAGGUUCAGACUGAGCGCAAAAACGAGCAAACGGACUCGACGAGCAGCAAGCUUACAAAAAUGUCGCGCUUAUUUGUGCCAAGCAUCCAAAUAGUGUCCGGUGAGAGAGAGCACGAGAAGCCUGAGCCGAGAGCGGAUUGUAACCGAGAAAAGAGAAGCAUGGACACUUUGUAUGUAUCAGACGCCGCUCAAAAACCUGGAGCGUCGAAGUCGCCAGAAAUUAAAAUAAGUUUACGGAGUCUAAGAGACAACCGGAGCGACCCAUUGAGCAUCGCUAAGCUCCUCACUCCUGGUACAGGCUCUAGUGCUGGCGGAUUGAUGAAAACAAGCGAUGAGCCCAAAUACCAAGCGCUCACUGCUGCACUGAAGAGCGACUCUUCAGACAAAAUCCCACACUUCACAGUUAGAGAUGUUCGAGACAAGGCAAAGAUGCAAGCGCCAAUACACCAGGUUAGAGAUGUGCGCAAACUGGUUAAGAGCUCGUAUCACUUUGUAUCUUUGGACAAUAACAGCACGGACAUGGAGCACAAGACCUCCAAACAGAACGCCUAUCAGAAUCCGACAACCCUUCCUCCUAUCGUGAUUAAGUGUCAUUCGGUGAAUACAAAUAACAAUGCAAAGCAAUCAGAAAAACUCUCGGAUUCCUCUGAUCAUAAACCGGUUGAGGAUAUCCUAGAGGCUGAUGGGUCACAUCCCCAGGAGACCAUAGAUGGCGUCAAUACGGGCUCGGCACAAAUAAGCAAACCAACUGACCAGGUGCAUUUAGCCAACAUAAAGCAAGAGGAAACCCUUGAAUUAGGAAUUGAGACAAAAACCACCACAAAGAGGCAAGAGAAAGUAUGUGACCCAGGUGAGAAAAAGGCUGAUUCCAAGAUGGCUGCUCUGGAAAAACUUCAGGCUGCUGUUAAGACAAUGGAACAGCUUUACGUGUUUGACAAAAAUGAGUGGAAGAGGAAAUCUGAGCCACAACCGUUAACAGACAGCCAUGUGCUUUCACUCCUUAGUAGUGAGCAUCACGGAGGUGAUGAGCAAGACCAGGGGAACACUAGUUCCUCAUCAGUUACCAUGAGGCGAGACUCAUUCUCAAACCCAGAUAAGAUGGCAACUGCUGGACAGCAAUCAACACGAAAAGAAGAGAAGGAAUUAUUUAAAACAUCACACACUCCUGCCAUCCAUGACAAACGAAAGGACACCAAAACUGUGAUGCACCUUGGUGGAACUCCUAAUAAGAACAUUUCUAGCCUAAGCCACAGUCAGAAAUCUUUCAUGCCUGUUACGACAAGUUCAGUUAAAGCAUUGCAGAUGCAUGCCUCAUCCUCAGCAUCUGUUAGUUCUAUAGCUGUGAAGAACCGUAAGUCUCCAAAUCCACCAGUGUCUUUAAAUACAGGUAUUACCAAGUCAAAGCUAGUCACAGAGAGGAGAGAAAAUCUAAGUAGCAAUGCAGACAAAUCAAAUAGGGCUGGAUUUGCCCCAGUUCAGUUUACGUCUUCGGUUGACUCAGAGAAUUACGUAACCAUACCUGUGAAACCAUAUGCCCAACAAUCUCACAUGGUACACAGCAGCAACACCAAAAGUCACGGAGACAGUCAUCAGCCCCCCAAACGUUCAAGUACUGUUAUGGAGACACGCUCCCCAGAUACCCCUACUGCUACGAUAUACCAUCACCCUCUGCCUAUUACCAUGCACGCAGCACAGCCACAGGUAAUUUGUUUCUCUCCUACUGUGCAGCCAUCUCCUGUCCCCACAGACCACUUUCCAUCCACCCAGAGAAAAAUGCUCCUGGAUCCCACUACUGGAAAUUAUUAUUUGGUUGACACACCUGUCCAACCAGCCACAAGACGACUUUAUGACCCAGAAACAGGGCAGUAUGUUGAUGUCCCCAUGCCACAACACCCUCCCAUGACCCCUGUAUCUGUGCCUAUCUCCCCGCUUGCACUUAGCCCUGGAGGCUAUGGUCAUACCUACAUGUUCUACCCAGGAUACAUGGCCUCCACAGUGAUUCCUGCCCGGACCAUUCAGUCUCAGCUUUCCAUGCAAUCAGAGAUGGAAGCAGGAGACGAAUCGCAUACAGGGCAGCAGGGAGAUGGAACCUACACGGAAAGCCCUUAUUAUAUGCCUUCUGGGAAGUUUCUGCACUUAAAUCCAGGUGCUCAGCAUGUCACUACUGGCAGGGCGGCAAACAACAAAGUGCCUGUCAUCAGCAUCACCUCCCAGCAAGGGCCCAGGAUCAUCGCACCUCCAUCCUUUGAUGGUACCACCAUGAGUUUUGUGGUGGAGCACAGAUAACUGUCAGGUCACUUAUAAUGAGCUGCCUAUAGUACGUCCAGUCAGCACUUCCAAGAUCUGAUGUGUCUAUUUUCUUUCAUUGACACAUCUAAUGAUUGUCCAUAAUUUCCUUCAACAGGAAGAGCCUUACCACUAUCAUUCAUCACUUUCUUUGUCAUGUAAUGUAAUUCUUUAUUCUUUAUGUCUUCUGUUUGCAGUGCAACUAUGCAACGUCUUUUUUUUUUUUUGUAUAGUUUUAUUUUUUUUUUUGCAACGUGGAUGAGAAAUUGGAUGGAAUGGUUUUAAAAAUGAGAGUGAGUGCUUAAUGCUAUAGCAUUUCAGGUUAAAGCAACAAAUCAUUGGGUCACCUAUUAAAUAUUGUCAAGUCAUAAAGCAAGACCUCUUUUCUAACUGGCCAAUAUUGGAGAAAUUCUUAAAAAUCUUAAUAUUAAAACGUUUAUUUUCCUGUCUAAGAGUAAUUCACGAAGCAUUAUAGGCGUAAAAAUUCACUAAAACAGAAUCACAAACAAUCCUAAAUGCAUGCUGCCGGCAAUUAAUGGCAUGAGUUUACAAAAUGCUACUUUGCCACAUGAACAUUGCAGUUAUACAGUUAAGAUGAACUACAUAUAUCAUCAAACUACAUCAAACAAUGGAUACACUCUCCAGACUGCUAUUACAAAUUCACUGAUGGAAGACAGCAGUUUUCAAGUAAAUAUUGACUGUAAUUGGCUGAUGUACAGGUCUUCCCGAUAAACUCAUAAAUGAAAACCAAUUGCAUGGUGAGCGCCAAUAUUCAAUAUAACCGCACGAUUGCAAGUGCGAUAUUGCUUUUAUACAACAGUUCUAUAAAUAAGAAAUUAAUAUUGAGUAUGAGUGACAUUAAUAUGAGCAACAUUUCGGGUGAAAUUGGCAUCCCCUUCUUCCUUUUCAUCUUCAAUUGAUGAGCUUUCAUAUUUUAAGCCAAAUGUUAUAAUCCUGAAAAGUAUCUUAUACCAUGUCUGCCAGUUUCUUUUACUAGUAGUAUCACUAACACUACUAUAGUAACUGUUUCAAACUAGGAAGUGGAAUUUUACAUGGUGAACACAAUCGAAUGGAGUGACACACACACAGUGAAAGAUUCCAGUGUGGUUAUAGGAAAGCAAUCAACUGACCAAUCAAAUUAGUGAGCUAAUUGUUGUAUAGAUAUGAUUAUAUUAUUUUACAUGUUAUAUGUUGAGGUUAUUAUUAUGGCAGGGGUCAUGAGCUGGCGGACUGUGUUCUGUAUGUGGACCCAGCAAUGUUUUUCAGCCUAAUGAACUGAGUACUUGAAAACUGUAGUAAAGCGACUCUAGUUUUCAUAAACCAGCAUGGCUUUCUUAGGAGAUCAUCCGUUGUGGCCAAUCACAUACUUAAUGUAAAUUGUUUAGCUGAAAGCAGAUCAUCGGACCAGAGCUUAGCUACAGGGCUAGAUAUAGUAGGUUGGAAAGGGGGCGGGGUGUUACAGAAUUUCAUAGAUAUUUAUUUACUCUCUCUUCAUUGUAUAGACCCUCUCUAGUAUGAUUUGCUUAACUAACUUGCUUAAAGAAAACUGGGAAAAAGUUACUGUGUCUGUUCAGAGACUUUGCGCUAGUCAAAAGUAACCUGAAGCACCACUGAGAAGCAAAGCAUGACCACUUUGAAUUGUCAUAUUUAACUAAUCAUUAAUAAUUACAUAUUAAAAGAUAACUUGUCACCAUUCAGGAAUUUUGUGUAGCUGAACCUUCACAAAUUAUAGUUUAAUACCCCUGCCCUACAGUAUAAUCUGCUACAAAAUAAAUGUGUAAAUAUUCUAAAUAUUGCAAUUAAAAUGUGCUUAAAAAAUAAAAAUCCUGUCAUUACUACACAGGUAUAGGCUAUACUGAAAACUUGCCCAAAAUAUUUUUGAUGUGAGCAUUUAGAGGAUUGCGUUCAUGUAUGUAAAUACUCUCAUCUGAAAAAAAUUUUUAUGUGCAUUGGGAGUUUGUCGUCUGACAUACAUUAUAUGUCACUGACAAUAUUCAUCCAUAGCAACAGGUUCUCUUGGUUUAGGAAUUCCUUAGUUAAUGUACCCCUCAUGAAUAUGUUUUAAGAAGAAAUGCUUAGUUAGGAACUUUUAGUGUCACUGAGGAGAGAUCUUAAGAGAUAAAAUACGAUUAUUUGUGAAUAUGGCCUCAGGUUGUUGAAAGAAUCACUAAAAUAUUGAGUGUGACAUUUUUGUUAAUCAAAAAGAGGUGUGUAUUUUUUUAAAAAUACUAUGAAUAUAACUAGCAACAGGUUGACAAGCGUAAAAAUAAUUGCCCUUAUAUCCCAUAUUCUUUUCUUGAACUGUUUUAUGACUUGGUUUUCAUUACUCUUUUCUAAGAGGUCUUUUAGAUUCAGUACGUUUUGGAUUACAGUACAAUAUGGUACUGUAUAUUUAUGUCAUGUUUUGCUGCUCAUUGUACUGUGCGAUCCAUCAUAAAACACAUACAGAGGUUUGUGUUGAUUAAUAUGGUGGAGAACAAGAUGUUUUAGGGGACAGCCCUCCUCUAUGUAUCUCAAUCACAGUGCCAAUGCAAUUUAUGUUGUUUGUGUAAGUGUAGGUGGUUUUGUGAGCUUGAGUGUUUAGCCUCAGCCUUUCUGGAAGGGGUAACAAAAGCCCAAAAGUGAAAUAGUUCUUAAUAAGGAAAUGGGAUAUAAGGUAAAAUGAUCUUUACUGGAUUAUUCUCUAACCUGUUGAAUGCCAUAAUUCACAGUGAGAGUAGGUAUACUGCACAUUUGGUGGUCAUUCAAUUGCAGUUUUGUUACAUAAACGCCAUGAAGAACACCUCUAAUACAACCUGACAUAAUUAGAAAUUGGCCAAUACAGAAAUCAAUACAAUUAGCUUAUAUACUCACUGACCACUUUAUUAGGAACACAUGUACACCUGCUCAUUCAUGCAAAAUAUCCAAUCAGCCAAAUAUGUAGCAGCAGCACAAUGCAUAAAAUCAUGUAGAUAAAAUCAUGUCAAGUGCCUCAGUUAAUGUUCAAACAUCAUAACGAGGAAACAUUUCAUGAUCUCAGUAACGUUGACCGUGGUGGUUGGUGCUAGACAGGCAUGUUUGAGUAUUUCAGAAACUAGAGGUCAGCAGUUUCUGAAAUAAUAAUAAAACCAGCUCGUCUGGCACCAAUCACCUUGCCACAAAGUUACUGAGAUCACAUUUUCCCGCCAUUCUGAUAUUUGACUUGAAGAUUAGCUGAAACUCUUGAACGGUAUCUGCAUGAUUUUAUGUAAUGUGCUUUAUAGUUACAGUUACAGCUUAAUAUUCAUACUUUCAAUUACAUAAAAAGUGUACUGACACCUAUUGUAUUAAAAAAAAACUGUAAGAGGGACUAAAAUCUACAUUUAGCGAUAGAAUAUAGAAUUAUCAGGUAACAAAUUUACAAUUUUAGUAUUUCAAAUUUCUAUUUAUUAAGGAUUUGGACCCUCUGCUUUCCUGCGAUGCUGUAGUAGUUGUGUAACUAGUUUAGUCACAUGUUAUUACACCAAGUUCUUAAAAUCUGGUCGGAGCUGCUGGUCAGUCCGCUGUGCUGUAAUAACUUUUGUUUGAAGUAUCUCUGAAUAUUUGGAUUUGGUUUAUAAUUGAGUUUUUAAUUUAGUUUAAUUUUAGUAAUAAUGCCUCAAAGUGCCAUAUAGAAUACUUUUUUUUAAAGAUGCUCCUGCUGCUAAUUUAGCAAACUAACAUCAAAUAGGUAAUAUUCCAUCCAUUAUUAGAGCCACAGUUUCUUUUGAAGCCUUUCUAUCUAGUUAAUGUUAAAAUGAGACUGAAAUGACUGAGUUAGACUAAGUAAAGUCACGUUGAGAGGGGAAGUGGAAUUGUGUCAGAUGGGAAAGAGGAGAAAAAGAGUAAUGAAGUACUGUCAUCAGAAAGCAAUAAUGAACGGGUUACAAGUGAAACGAAAGCAAAAGGAGGAACCUUUCAGUGCCAGAAGAUGUCUUUAUUGUUGCAAAAAUAUUCAAUUGUUCUUGGAGUGAUUGCUUGUUUUUGAGAACAUACAGUAAUUUGUUCAAUAAAAUAAUGCAGUUUUCCAAAA